AGUUUCUAUACGUCAUCAUUGCUAAGCCGUCAGCAAAUGUCGGCAUAAUAUUUGUACAGAGCAGAGGCAAAACACUUCGGUGGCUUUACAGUUGUGCAGCCUACGUUCUACGAGUCGCCGCCCACAGAACUAUUUAAGCAAGCUGUCAGACACCUGAGCUCAGUGCAGAGCAAGAUCAUCCAGCAUUUCUUCUCUUCAGUAGACUCGACCUCAGAUGGCAUUCACAGCUAUUUUAGGAGCAGCUGGAGCAAUUGCUGCAGCUCCUGCACUUCUAACAGCUGCAGGUUUCACUGGAGCUGGCAUUGCUGCAGGAUCAGUUGCCUCCUGGAUGAUGUCAACAACUGCCGUGGCGAGCGGAGGAGGAGUCGCUGCUGGAUCAGCGGUUGCUGUUCUUCAAAGCGCAGGUGCAGCUGGAAUCUCAAUGGCAGGUCAAGCAGUUGUAGGUGCUGUGGGAGCUGCUAUGGCCACUGCUGCCAGUAUGGCCAGCAACUGUACUGGGUGACUGGAGAAACCUUGGCCAGUCUUUUUGUAGCAUUUUACAAGGUUGCAUUAUGUUGAUUCUCCAAAUGCAUGUUGUUCUUCCGAUUGUAUCUAGUAUGGCUAUUAAACCUUUAUAAAUCAUGCAAA